CAUCUGCCUCUUGAACACACAGACAGAGUCAGCCACCAGCAGCAGCAGCCGCAGCAGCAGUGUGGGCGUGAUUACGAGCUUGGACACGAUCGAACCGACUGGACGGGAACGCCAAGGCCGACGUGCACUGACAGAAGCUCUGUGAGAACACGUGAGGAAAGAUGCCGGAGGACAAAAGCAUAAACCAGUCGAGGCUCGGAGUCGACGGAGCGGGAGGAGUGAAGAAGACGGGACAGUUCCUCAGUCGCUCCAAUGUGCGCGUCUACUACGUCGGAGGAAUGGCCGCUCUCGGAUUGGCCUGGUUUUUUACGUCGUGGCAACCGAUCUCCUCCAAAUUGGACCCGGUGACUUCGAAAGCUGCGGAUCUGAGCAGAGGAGGCAAACUUCCCACCGGGCCGUCUUCCGAGGCUACGGAGGGUCCGAGGCUGCAGACGGGCCCCAAAGUCCCCAGUCCGCACGGAGGCGUCGCCGCCGCGCAGAGCGAGGGCGCCAAGCCCAAGUUCUGAUGAAGCAAGCCACGAGAAAGAAUCCAGAUGACCGAUGAUCGCCGGUCCGGUCAUCGAUGGGCGACCGUGAUCAUCGGUGGCUCGAUGCAGGGACGGAGAUUUUGCCCCACCUUGAGUCGAAAGUCAAGUUGUUCCCUUCGUUUGUGAGAGCCAUGUCUGUCACUUCGGAGUUGUUGGGAGGUGACGACCAUUGCUUGGGACUGUCCAGAUUGGAUACGGAUUCGAGACUUUAGAAUUUCAGUCGUUGUAACCGGGGUUUCGUGAUCCAUACGCACGGUUGGGUUAACGUUAACAUUGGACCCACACUCUUUAUCAUUUUGAGAUCAAUCUACUCUCAAAAUUUGUUGUAAAUGCUGCUUAUUACAAGAGAAGCUUGUUGCUGAAGCGGCUUCGUCUCAUGCUUCAUGUCAAUAAGAAAAGCCCUCGAAAUCCAGGCGACAGUUGUG